UCAUAUUUAAUGAGAGGUUGUUGAUCGGUACACUUGUAUAUCAAAGAAGUAAAAAACAAUAUUAAAUAGACUUCUUCUACCAACUUAUUCUGUUGUAUCAACUUAUUCACGUGGUUUGGAGAGGUUUAAUUGACAAAAAACAAAAAUUUUGUAUUUUUGAAGCAAAUGAAAUCAGGGUACAAAACUAGUUGUUCAAUAAUUAGAUGUUCAAUAUUUGUCACUCUGGCCUCACAUAUCAGUACGUGAUUGCACUGACCUACGACCCGUUCUCCGUGUAUAUUAUCUCUGUGUUAAUAAAGAAGUCAACAUGUAUAAUAUGAUAAAUCUGCAGUUGUCGACGGUGCGUUCUACGUUAAGUUUAAAAGAAAAAUACGUUCUAUAGUUUUAUUUCUGUGAAUGAAAAUCUGUUAUAAUAAUAUAUAUUUAAACAAUCUGUGAUUUGUGACGUUAUACAUUCCUAUUAUCCGUUUUUGUAUUCAAAUUCAAUUCCAAAUUUUUUAAUGUGCCAGACAUGGACCUGAUAAAGGAAAUGCUUCAGACUUUGGCAGAGCACGCGGUCAGCUACCGCGCUGGCCAGACUACGUUACGGUAUUUCGAUAGAGCAUUGUGGGUGGUCGAGAAAUGUGCGAGAUGGGCCGUGCCUCCACCUUUGGAUCAAGACGAGCGCCCGCAACCAGAACUGAUCCGCCCUCUGCCCUGGGUAUUCUUUCUGAUGAUGCUAAUUGCUCUGCGAAUCACUCGAGAGACGAUUUCACUCGCUAACUUGAUUAUGGGAAAACCUCCUUUGAGGUCUGCUGAUGUGGUCAUGUACAUACAAAGCAAACGUAGAUAUUUACGGACCCUCAAGUACCAGGGGAACCGCAUGAUGCGAGCCCGCACCAGCACCGCCAGCCAGCCCCGCGACACCUGGUACAGCGGGAUCAGAUCGAUGUUUGAAUUCACCAUGUGCUUCCGCAGACAUUCGCUCAGCUACAACAAUAACCCCGGUAACGCUAGCAGCAACGAUGAAGUACUGGUAGUAAAGCGCAGUAAGCAUGCUCGUGAGGACUCUAAUCCGGCGGCUGCCACUAGUGUUGAGAGCACGAUGGAACGUCUCAUCGAAAAGAUGAUGGUCGACCUCAACGCUGAGUCAGAUGAAGAUUCUGGUUACACGUUGACCAACGCGACCAGUCCGAGUGCAGAAUCGGAUCGCGACACGAUUUGCUGCAACGAAACCACGCAGAACAAAUCAGACGGAGACGGACAGAACAGUGAAGAAAUCAAGUUCACGCCGAGCGAAAACAAAAGCUCAACUCCGGAAAAAGCGAAUGAAGCUCAAGACGUUAAAGCUGCAGACGAUAAGAAACAAAUGAGUGCCGAAAAAACUAACAACACCUCGCAAGCGAACACAAAAAGCACUCAACAAACAGUCGUAAAAGAUAAAAACAAUGAAAAGACAAAUGUUACAGCAGAAUCUAAAUUGAAUUCAAAAAAUAAUUCGGACGUGCCUAAAACAGUUACGCCGAAAGGCAAAGAGCAAACAAAACCAGACGACGACAAACGUCAAGCUGAAAAAAAGCCAGAAAAAGAUCUGAAAGAAAAUGAAAAAUUUAAUACCGAAAGCGAUAAACCAGAAAACUCUGUUAAUGAUAGUCCUCGGUCUAUGGAUAAUGAAUUUAAACAAGAGCCAACAAAAACGGUUGCAAAAGAAAAGGAACCAACCAAAAUACCAACGAAGAACCAAACGAAAAUAGACGAUCAAACAAAUUCAUCGACGAAAAACAACGAACAAACAACGAUGCCAACAAAGUCUAUUUCGACACAGGAACAAACGAAAACGUCGAAGAAAGGCAAAGGUAUAUAUAAAAAUACAUCCACGGACUCGUUUGGAAUACAGGAAGAGGACAAAGUUAAAUCGCCUGAAGAAGAAGCGUUAAGCGCGUUUGUGUACCCGGAGACUUCGACGUCGAUCCAAGAGUCAUUGAACUUUUUACAGUACGAGAAAGGCCAGAACAGAACCUACAGAAUCACCAAAACUGAGAAAAUAGUGAACGGUCGAACAGCUAAGAGUGCUGCCAGCAAAAAGAAAGGUGGGCAGAAUGAGAGGAGAGAUUCAGACGUGCACGCAUCAAGAGUAACCCCAGAAAGCACUUCUUUGUAAAAUGAAUACGGCGUUCCCGAUACAACAAUAAAAAUUAAGUUCAUAAUAAUAAGAUAUGUUUGAAAACGUUUGAAUGUCAUUAUAGGAAUUGAAUUGUAUUAAUGCUUCGGUCACAAAUGUUUUUAUAUUGCGGUGCCCAAGAACCCAUAACUCGAAAUAACAUAACGACGUUCACUGUUUACGUAAUAAAUACUCUUCCUUAAAAGCGUUUAUUUACAAGAACAUUCGAAAUGUUACAGGUAACCCUGUUAUAUAACACGUUAUUUUACAACACGGUUCCACUCUAACACGAAAAUAAAAAAAACCCCAAAACCCACUCACAGCACGGUAGCUCUAUAACACGAUAACGCGAUUUUUGUUUAAAAUUAUUUAUAAAAUUACAUUACACACUAUGAACAAAUAAUCGAAAUUUAUAUAAAAAUAAAUUGCUGUUCGUUAGUCUCGCUAAAACUCGAGAACGGCUCAACCGAUUUGGCUAAUUUUGGUCUUGAAUUAUUUGUGGAAGUCCAGAGAUGGUUUAAAAGGUAGAUAAAUAUGAAAAUGCUCGGAAUUAAAUAAAAAUAACAUUUUUGUUUUUCUUUGAUAUUGUGUCCCCCGUCGGUCUUUUAUUUAUCGAUUGAGGCACUACGAAGUCUGCCGGGUCAGCUUGUAUUAAAUAAAUGUGUAUAAUUAGUAAAAAAAAUAUAUACGGAUUCAGAAAAAUCACUCUCCUUUUUGUAUUGGCUUCUUGUUUCAUAUAACAUGGCUACGCACAACACGGGAUUUUGUAGGAACGUAUUUAACGUGUUAUAGAAGGGUUAACCUGUAUAUUUAGUGUUUAGGUAACGUAUUUUUUGAAAAUUUUCAAUAUUAAUUGCAUCUUAGGAUUAAGAGUAAUUUUUUUUUGGCAACAAUUGUGGUAUGAACUGGUUCUGAUGAAUUUAAUAGGUAAUUCUAAUUUACCAUUUCUUACACAUUGCAAUUUUUUAUUUGAGCAAAACUCUAGAUAAGGUUCGGUUUUGAAUAACUUAAGGAAUGUCAAUUGAAAUUUUGUAACAUGAAUGAAAGGUUCAAGUUCUUAAAAAAAUACACAAUUAUGACGUAACGAAAGAUUUCAAAUCGUUACGCAACAUAAUCCCCAAGUGCCUUACUAAAUAGAACAAGUAAUAUUAUACAAAAGUAGAUGUCAUUAUUUGGCCUACGAAAUAAUGUUCCUAAUUUUUUUUAUAGUAUUUAUUAUAACAUUUAUAACCCACAAUCGACUUACAUAAGAUAUAUUUAUAUAUAUAAUUGUCCUGAUUAUGAUAUUUAUUUACGUAAUAUAAUAUAUUUCUUGUCAUUUAAAGAUUAAAAGAAUCUCACAACUUUUGUAUCUUCAUGAACUAUUUAUUCUCGAUGUAAUGAGACAUUUUUAUUUGAUAGAAUUUUGUAUGUAAUUGUCAUUAAUGCUCUUAUUUAAAUUGAUUUAAUUUUCUUUUUUUCCUAUAUAUUAUUUAUGUAUAUAAAUCUUGAGGCUUUCUUAUGUAGGGUUUUAAUAUUAAGAUCAUUUCUUUUCAUUUAAUUAUUAUAAGUUAAUUUUAAUUUAAUUAUAUGACAUUUAAAUUUAAUACCAUUAUUCUGUAUUGUAAUUCAACUUAUAAUUAAUAUAAAAAGGCGUUUCACGUUGUGAUGUGCUGAAUAAACAUUGUUAUAAGCCGCGCCAAUCAAGAAACGAAUCAAAAAUGGCGUCCAUGUACCUGCACUGACAGAUGGUAGGGGUCAACAAAUAAAAAGAAAGAUAGAAAGAAAAAGUUGUUUAUUGUAAAAAAAAAUAAAAAAAAACACAUGAGAAUGUACUUUAGUUUAACAAAUACAAUACAAAUUUAACAAAAACAACAAAAUAACGAACAAAUACAACAAAUAACAACAGAAUUUGAGAGAAAACAGAGCGCGUCGAGACAGUGUGAGAACAAAGUCAGAAUAUUGUUUUUGCAUGCAGUACGCGCCGUGUGCGACUAAAGACAGCAAUAGCUUAGAGUGAGAGCGCAUGAUCGCCGCCGCCAUUUUAGAUUCGUUUCUUUAUUGGCGCGGCUUAAAUUUGUUAAAGAUUCGUGGUUAAACGUUAAUUUAAAUGCAGCUGAGCUUACGACGUUGUGCCUUAACUUUCAGUAACCACAUUAACGCGUCCUCCGCUAAUAUUCAUAAGAUAUUUUGUUUUUACAGACAUUUGUAAAAUUAUAUUCUAUAGAAACAAUGAUUCGCGGUGCUUAAAGUUAUUUCGUGUUUGUAAAUGAAUAGGCCUGUGGAAUAAUGUAAGUUAUUUUUCUCUGAUCAAAUUUUGUAUUUUAUUAAUCCACUGAAACUAAAAACGUUUUUGUAUACCCCAAAGAUUUGGCUGUGUAAUUAUUUAAAAGACUGACAUAGCAUGCGUUUCCUAUACCUAUGAUUAAUUUAAAAAUACAUCGACAUAUUUUUUUUAGUAUCUAUGUAAUUUUGUAAUGAGUGCUACGUUGAAAAUAAAUUUUUGUACGAGAUAA